UUCUGUAACUCUUAGCAAUAAAAAAAUUGUUAGGUUACAUAACAACUUUUGCCGUUUGCACUAACAAUUGUGUGAUUCUCUAACUCUUGCUUAACAGCGAAAAACAGCUGAUUAUUCCUUUUUAUUUAAAAUGAUGAAAUGUGGCAUCUCAGUCGAGAUAAAUGUCAAAUAUGCGAAAAGUACAAAGAGGAAUAAGAAAAAAACUUAUUUCCUUCCCGCGGAAACGGAAUUUUUAGCGCCAGCAACGUAUUGCAAUUUUAAAAGGAUGUCUAUCCAGCCGACGAAAAGGAGCCGUGCAUCGGGGGAGCAGUUAAGCGCGAUGCUUGACUUUCUGGGUGAAAACCCGAAUGUGGCGAGCGGCAAGUUCCAGAAGCUCCAUGGCAAGUUGGAGAACACCAAGAAGUGGGCAGAGAUGGCAGAUAAAUUGAAUUCUCUUGGGGGGGCUGCCAAAUCUGUGGAGCAAUGGCAAAAUGUCUGGCGCGACCUAAAAAGUCGAACAUCGACGCGAGUUCGUGAUCGUAAGAGGGAGCAAGCAUUGACGGGGAAUAUACCGCUUCAACAGCCUCCCUUGAACGAAUUGGAGAAGCGGGUAAUAGCUCUAGUGGGAAGCAGCUAUAUGGAGGGGCAACCGGAUGUCCAAGAGAAUAUUCCCAUGGAAGAGGUAAGUUGAAUUGUACCGUAUUAAAAGCCCAUGCCAAUAUGUUAAUCAUAUUGCAAUAUUCAUUAUGCUAUUUUUAGGAACUGCAAUUAACAUUGGGGGUGGCGGAUGAAAAUUUCCGCUUAGUCAUGGAGGAAGACACCAUGGUAAUUCCUCCACUAACGGUGUCGGAUGGCGAGUCGGAAAUUCGGUGAGAAACUCCGAAAACGCCGAGGCAAACACCGCGCAGAACCGAUAAGCGGAAACGUGCGGAAGAAUCGCCAACAAAGGCGAAAUUUUUAAGAAUUGCCGAGGCACAGGCCGAAUCAGAAAAGAGGCUUGCUGAAAGUGCUGCAACCAACGCGGAGGCCAACCGCUCCAAUGCUGAGGCAAUAAGCAGAAUGGCUGCUGCCACAGAGCGAAUGGCUACCGUAACUGCAACAAUGGCAGAGGCCUUCACGGUGUUGGCGGAGGGGGUGAAAGCUUGUGCGCAUGCUUUCGCCCAGUUUACUAAUUCACUGGGCCCUCCCCAAUAGAUGUAAAUUGUUUGUGUAUAUACUUUUCUUUUUCUUUUUUAAGGUUCAUUAAUUUUUUGUUAAAGUUAAGCUCCUUAGCUAACAAAACCAAUAUAAGUCCAAAUUUGAGACUUUGUACAAAAAUUACAAAAAUUCCACAAACUGUUCUUCACAAUUCCAAGCAUUUUAAUUUUGAUUU